AUGAAAAAAGAACAUCGUUUCUCAAGUCUUUCGUUCUUUCUCAUUGAGUUCAUGUCAUGCGUCUCUCUGAUGCUAUCUAUCUAUCUAUCUAUCUAUCUAUCUAUCUAUCUAUCUCACUCUGUUCUAUCUAUCUAUCUAUCUAUCUAUCUAUCUAUCUCACUCUGUUUCAUAUCUAUCUAUCUCAUCUCCAUGUAUCAUAUCAUCUAUCUAUCUAUCUAUCUAUCUAUCUAUCUAUCUAUCUAUCUAUCUAUCUAUCUAUCUAUCUAUCUAUCUGUUCAUAUCUAUCUAUCUAUCUAUCUAUCUCUGUUCAUAUCUAUCUAUCUAUCUAUCUAUCUAUCUAUCUAUCUAUCUAUCUAUCUAUCAUAUUCAUCUAUCUAUCUAUCUCGCUCUGUUCAUAUCUAUCUCAUUCUGUUCAUAUCUCCAUCUAUCUCAAUCUGUCUAUCUAUAUCUAUCUAUCAUAUCUAUCUAUCUAUCUAUCUAUCUAUCUAUCUAUCUAUCUAUCUAUCUAUCCCAUUCUGUUCGUAUCUAUCUCUCAUGUUACUAUCUCUCUAUCUAUCUAUCUCUCUCUCUAUAUCAUCUCUCUCUCUCUCUAUCUAUCUAUGUAGGUAUCUACGCGUGUUUUUAUUUUAUUUCUCUUUUAUCUUUGUCCAUCUCUAG